AUGGGCGUCCCGCGAUACGGUACUACGCCACCCGGGCUAGAGCUCGAGCGCGGCAGACGACCCCACCUGUUGAUCGUCGACGACUCGAGAGAAACGCGGGCGAGCGAAGCUGCGUGGCCACCGGAAGGCUUGGAGGGCCAGUCGGCGGUGCGCGGCAGCACAGUGGACUACGCGGCGGCCCUGCUUCUAGCAGCGAUGGCCGCGGUCCUUCUGGCCGCUGUCGGUUACCAGUGUGCCGCCACGUGGCGUUGGAUUAUGGGCAGGACUAGACGCGAGUCAGAAGAUAGUAAUUGCGACUCCUUAUCUCGUCAAGCAGCCAUUCGCAUCAGCCACUCCUUGCCAGAUUUACAGACUGAACCAUUGAAGCAGGAAUAUGUCCAGGAGCACAAAGAUCAAGGAAAAAAGGUUCUCCGUCAAACCACGCUACCAAUAGUGCCGACUCGCCACCAAACGUUUCAACGUCAGCUAUCCCAUCGUCUGGAUCUACCUUCGAUACAAUUCAGCAUUUGCAGCCUUGAGAGAGCUGAUUCUUCUAUUGGGCUUAUUAAGCCGGAACUGUACAAAAACGAAUUGGUGCGUCAGUCCUCUACGGAUAGUGCCGAGUUAGAGUUUUGUGGAAAAUUACACUUCGCUUUGAAAUACGACCAGGAAGUCGAAGCUCUUGUUGUGAAGAUUUUCGAAGCCCGCGAUUUGCCAAUCAAAGACGUAACCGGUAGCAGUGAUCCAUACAUUAAAGUGUUCCUGCUUCCAGAUCGCAAAAAGAAAUUCCAAACCAAAGUCCAUCGCAAGAACUUAAACCCGGUCUUUAAUGAAACAUUCCUCUUCAGCGUACCCUAUGAAGAACUUCGCCAACGCUAUCUUCAGUUCUCCGUAUAUGACUUCGACCGGUUCAGCCGUCAUGACCUGAUUGGCCACGUGGUGCUGAAAGGUCUCCUGGAGUCAGCUGAUCUGCACCAGGAGAUCGAAUAUACAAUGAAUAUCUUAGCUGCACCACAGGAAAAGAAAGACCUCGGCGAGUUGAUGUUGUCACUGUGUUAUUUGCCCACGGCUGGGCGGCUUACCGUGACCGUGAUUAAAGGUAGAAACCUGAAGGCAAUGGACAUCAAUGGUUCAUCAGAUCCGUACGUGAAGAUCUGCCUCAUUUGCCAAGGCAAGCGCAUCAAGAAGAAGAAGACUACAGUAAAGAAGAAUACACUCUGCCCUGUCUACAACGAGGCUUUGGUCUUCGAUUUGCCUGCGGACAAUGUGUUUGACGUGACUCUGCUUGUUAAAGUUAUUGAUUAUGACAUGAUCAGUCCAAAUGAACUCAUAGGCUGCACGGCUAUAGGCUCAAGUCUGAUUGGAAUAGGCCGCGACCACUGGCUUGAGAUGUUGGACAAUCCUCGUAAGCCAGUUGCCCAGUGGUAUCCCUUGAACAAGAGCCCACCAGCAAACGUCGCGCUACCAUCGAACGAUCAGCAGAGUGUAGCACUGAACUGCUUAAAUGGAAGAUGAAGAGACGGAAAGGAAAAUAUGUAAAGUGUUAUACGAUUACCAGUACGCGAAGUAUCUUGUUGGUUAAAAUCAAGGUGAUACUAGUAGAUGUCAUCGCUUAGAUGCUCUCAAGAUGCCAAAAUAUAACUAAAUGUGACUAGGAGAUAAUGGUUGUAUGUCCAUUUAUUGUAGACGAUUCAAAAUGAAUGUUACGUGA